GGAUGCGAUAAGAUCUGAAUGGAGAUGCGGAGUGGGGCCCGAAUUUUCUCGCCUGGAGGACAACAGCCAAAGCAUCUGGCUCCGGGUUUCAACUCGCAACCUGUCCGAGAUGGCUUCGAGUCCCGCAACAAUCGGGGACUUCUCCGUCCUCCCCGUCUCCAUCCCGCCAUUACCCUCCUUUCCGAAAAAUGCAGUCCACUACCUCUACGUGCGGCGCCACACGCCCAAGAUCCCGACGCCGACGGACUCGCGCAGCCUGUUCGUGACCAACGUGCCCGUCGACAGCACCGAGGCGCAUCUCCGCGCGCUGUUUGCGUCGCUGGUCGGCGCCGGCCGCUUCGAGAGCGCCACCUUCGAGGACGAGAGCAAGGAGGCCCAUUCGCAGUCGCAGUCGCAGUCCCUCAUCGACGUCGCCCAGCCCGCGCACGCCGCCCGGCUGCUGCAGGCCCACGGCAGGAAGCGCAAGCGCGAGGACGACGAAGCCGAGCGGGCGCGCGAGGAGGCCGCGGUGCGCCUGCCGAGCACCUGGACCCGGCCGCUGCGGAGGAGCGGCAGCACGGCGGUGGUGCUGCUGGCCGACGAGAAGAGCGUGCAGCAGGUGCUGAAGGCGAUCGGCAAGGCGCACAAGACCAAGAAGUACCCGGCCUGGCCCGGCAGCGACGAUCUGCCCGAGGGCAAGGUCCCGCCGCUGGGCCCGGCCUGGCUCAAGGCGCACAACCGGCUCUCGUACCCCGACAGGCAGGCGCUCCAGGCGUCGGUCGACGCCUUCUCGGCGCUGUUUGCCCGGCGCGAGCAGGAGGCGGCCGAGAUCGCCAAGCGGCUGCGGAACGAGCCGGAUGAGGACGGCUUCGUCACCGUUACGCGGGGCGGCCGGUCCGCGCCGGCUAGUCGCACCGAGGCGGAGGAGGCCAAGCGGCGGAUGCUGGAGAAGCAGGAGAAGAAGAAGGAGGAGCUCACCAACUUCUACCGCUUCCAGUUGCGCGAGCGGAAGAAGGCCGAGCAGGCCGAGCUGCUCAAGCGGUUCGACGAGGACCGCAGGAAGCUGGAGGCUAUGCGGGAGAAGAAGGGCAAGUUUGUCCCCGAGGCGUGAGGCGUGUCAUCAUCACCACUACCAAAGUCCGCAAAGAUGCUCGUUAGCUGGAAAUCCCAGCGUGGCUUGCGACGCUCAACAACAACAUCCAGAACGACCAUGCCGCUCGUUGCUUGGAGGGUCUGUCC